AUGUUCUUCCUCGUCUUCAGACUCCUCCGCAUCGGCGUUAACCAAGCCAAAAAGCGCAAAAACGGCGGCGGCGACCAGCAACAGCACGAUGGCUGGUACGACAACGGCAAUCGUGAGAUGCAAGGCGGCAUAACCGGUCCUGGCGACCGAUCCGCCACCAAAUCUACACUGGACAGCAUUCUUCGCUUCUUCCAAUUCGUCAUGGGCCUGACCGUUGUCGGCCUGUAUGGGGUAGACAUCCACCACGCACACAAAAAGAACGUAUCGGCAGACGCAAAAUGGGUAUACGCCGAAGUCACCGCAGGCAUGGCGGUGGUCACGGCAACAAUCAUCCUGCUCACGCCGUUUUUUAUGAAGAAGAGAUCGAUUACGAGCGUGCAUGCUCUGCAACUGCCCGCGUUUGUGUGGGAGAGUGUGCUAUGUGUGCUGUGGUUGACGCUGUUUGGCAUCUUUGGCAAGAUGUACAUUGGUGAGGAUGCCGAGGGGGACUCGGGGAUUACGCGCAUGAAGCAUGCGGUUUGGGUUGAUUUGGUCAAUCUCCUCAUGUGGACUGGUACGGCGACUUGGUGUGGGCUCAGGUGGUGGAAGGGCAAGGCGUCGGCGCCGGAGCCGUUUGAGAGUGACAAGGUGUAUGAGCAGUGA